UGCCUCGCCCUCGGGUUUUCCUAAGAUCGAUUCAAACACAAAAAGAUUGUAUCCUUCCUUGCAAUUUCCUUUUGGCGACCAGAAUUCCUACGAAAAACCACACUCAAACGAUACCUAGCUAAGCACCAUUGUACCUACCACAAUGAAGCCUACACUUUGCAUCACGGCCUUUACUGGCAUGAUCGGCAUUGCUGCUGCCACAAGCCCUCCUGCCUGUCUUCUUGCAGCUCUCAGCCAGCAGCCCAAGGUCUCUGCAGUCGAUGCCAUGUGCACCGAUUUCAUGGACGCCAUGCUCAGCAACCUGACCAGCGUUUGCCAGGGCUCCGAUCUUCAGGGCGCCUACAAGUCUUACGCAUCUACGUGCGAGGAAGUCGCUGGCGUCAAGGUUGCUGAUCUGCCCUCGUCCUCGACCAUGAGCACCACCCCUACCUCGACUCCGGAAGCUUCAGGUAACCCCAGUUCUGAUGCUACCUCGACGGCUACUCCCACCGAUGGCCCUCAAGAGUCGAAGCCCAGCGCUGCUGGCGCUAUUGCUCCUCAUGCCGUCCUCUUCACCGUCCUCGGUUUGACUGCGACUGGCCUCGUCAGCAUAGUAUUCCUGUAGGGGAUACCAAGUUACGUCAAAAAGCGAGCAAGCAUCUGAUUUUUUCUGGAAUUCGACACAACAUUCGUGGUCAAACAGCACACGAAUUUCUAGGCACUCAUCUGGGCCAAUCAUCGACAGACGAAUUAUGGUAAAACAGGACACCAAGGUUGCUUCGGGAUCAGGCUGCAGGAA